AUUGGCGGGGCGGCUCGCAAGACCCAGCGUGCUUGCGGGCCGGAGGGCCAUCCUGAGGAGGGGAAGGAUGCCGCCGGCCGUAGGCGGAGGCCUGGCAGGGUCUGAGCUGCGUCCCCGGAGGGGCCGCUGUGGGUCCCAGGCUGCUAGGGCCGUGGGCCCGGACGUGGCCACCGAAGCUACAACGCGGAGCCCCAAACGGCCUGCUCCGAGCUCGCGGCGCUUCGAGGCGCCCGGCCGGUGGGCUCUGCUGGCCCUGGUGACGCUGAUGUCCUUUGCCACCCGCUUCCACCGUCUGGACCAGCCGCCGCACAUCUGUUGGGAUGAAACUCACUUUGGAAAAAUGGGAAGUUACUAUAUCAACCGCACCUUUUUCUUUGAUGUGCACCCGCCUCUGGGAAAGAUGCUGAUAGGCCUUGCUGGCCACCUGACUGGAUAUGACGGCACCUUUUUGUUCCAGAAGCCUGGGGACGAAUAUGAGCAUCACAGCUACCUGGGAAUGAGAGGAUUCUGUGCGUUCCUCGGCGCUUUGCUGAUCCCCUUUGCCUACCUCACUGUACUGGAGCUGUCCCAGUCCCUCCCGGCAGCGCUGCUCACGGCUGCCCUCCUCACCUUUGACACAGGAUGCCUCACUCUGUCCCAGUACAUCCUCCUUGACCCCAUCUUGAUGUUCUUCAUCAUGGCUGCCAUGCUGAGCAUGGUCAAGUACAACUCCUAUGCCAACAGGCCCUUCUCUGCCCCCUGGUGGCUCUGGCUCAGCCUGACUGGCGUUAAUCUAGCUGGUGCUUUGGGGGUCAAGUUUGUUGGCCUCUUUAUCAUCCUGCAAGUGGGGUGGAACACCGUUUCAGACCUUUGGCACCUGUUUGGAGACCUCAGUCUUUCAAUGGUGACUGUGGGAAAACAUCUGACCGCUCGCAUCCUGUGCCUCAUAGUGCUGCCGCUGGCUCUCUACACGGCCAUGUACGCUGUUCACUUCAUGGUGCUGAAUAAAAGUGGUCCUGGUGAUGGCUUCUUCAGUUCUGCCUUCCAGGCCCGGCUUUCAGGAAACAACCUUCACAAUGCUUCCAUCCCUGAACACCUGGCCUAUGGCUCUGUGAUCACCGUGAAGAGCGCGCGGAUGGCCGUCGGCUACCUCCACUCGCACGGGCACCUCUACCCCGAGGGCAUCGGCGCCCGCCAGCAGCAGGUCACCACCUAUUUGCACAAGGACUACAACAACCUGUGGAUUAUCAAGAAACAUAAUACAAAUUCAGAUCCCCUAGACCCUUCACUCCCUGUGGAGUUUGUAAGACACGGAGAUGUCAUUCGACUAGAACACAAAGAGACUUCUCGGAACUUGCACAGUCACUAUCACGAGGCCCCCCUGACCCGGAAGCACUAUCAGGUCACAGGCUAUGGCAUAAAUGGGACAGGAGACUCAAAUGACUUCUGGAGGAUUGAGGUUGUAAACAGAAAAUUUGGAAACCGAAUCAAAGUGCUGAGAAGUCGAAUUCGCCUCAUCCAUCUGGUGACAGGUUGUGUCCUGGGCUCCUCGGGAAAGGUCCUGCCCAAGUGGGGCUGGGAGCAGUUGGAAGUCACCUGCACUCCAUACCUAAAGGAAACCCUCAACUCCAUCUGGAAUGUGGAAGACCAUAUCAAUCCCAAAUUGCCAAACAUCAGCCUGGACGUGCUGCAGCCCAGUUUUCCUGAGAUAAUGCUGGAGGCCCACAUGGUGAUGAUCCGGGGGAACAAUGGCCUCAAACCCAAAGACAACGAGUUCACGUCCAAACCCUGGCACUGGCCUAUCAACUAUCAGGGCCUGCGCUUCUCAGGGAUCAAUGACACCGACUUCCGAGUGUAUCUGCUCGGCAACCCGGUGGUUUGGUGGCUGAAUCUGCUGAGCAUCGCCCUCUACCUGCUCUCAGGGAGCAUCUUUGCUGUGUCUCUGCAGAGAGGGGCACGUCUGUCCGCCGAGGUUGAAGGGCUGUCCCAGGUCCUGCUGCAAGGAGGCGGGCAGCUCCUCCUGGGCUGGAUGAUGCAUUACUUCCCGUUCUUCCUGAUGGGCCGGAUCCUCUACUUCCACCACUACUUCCCCGCCAUGCUCUUCUCCAGCAUGCUGACAGGCCUUCUGUGGGACACACUCCUGCGGCUCUGUGCCUGGAGCCUGGCCUCCUUUUCUCUGGCUGGGCACGUACACACGCUGGGAAUCCUGAGCCUGCUCCUGGGAAUUGCCUACAGCUUCUACCUCUUCCAUCCUCUGGCGUAUGGGAUGGUUGGUCCGCUAGCCCAGGACCCCCGAAGUCCGAUGGCAGGACUAAGGUGGCUGGAAUCAUGGGACUUUUGAGGCCACUGCAAGGACUCCAGCCUGGGUCCAGGACCUUCCUGGGGACAGCCAGCUGGGGAGCCAGUCCCUGGACCCUCCCAGCUGUGGAGGAAGCUGCCUGAGGAGCCCGCGGAAUUCUGCCACCUGCCAGGACCACGCCCUGGGAGCAUACCCAGAGUGUAAGCCACUAGAGAGGGCCAUGGCUCUGCUCUAACCACAGCCGUUCCUCCGCUGGGGCUGGCUCAGCAACAGGCGGCACAUCUCUCAGGCCCGUUUCCCCAAGUCUGCAGCAUGAGGAGGGAUGAGUGUGCAAGAGGGUGGGUGUGAGCGUGUGGGGGAGUGUGCGUGUGAGGGUGCGUGUGUCCGUAUACCUGCGGAAGGUAGACCGUGACUGUGGACAGCUGAGUGUCAUAAACUCUAAGAAGUCGUCCAGGGCUACAGUAGUAUUCUCUGGGGGUUUUUUCACACUGGAUUUGGUUUGUAAGAUUCAUCAAAAAUUCUCAGACCUCCAAGAAGACUGAAAGCACUGACCCCACCUUGGGAUGUCACCAAGGGCAGAGCAGAUGGUAUCGUCACGGCUGUGCUGCCCUCCUUCCCACAAAUAAGCAAAUACAGCUGAGGCCCCUGAGCUGGAGGGCCCGCCUCCCAGCUGCUUCCCCACGUGGCUGCCGGGAAGUCUCCUCCGUGGCCGCAGGCGGCUGGACUUCUGCCUGCGAUGUGCGCAGAGGACUGGGCCCCAGAGCGAGGCAGCUGAGGACUCACCAGCCCUGUUGGCCGUCCUCAGCCCUCGGUUCCUCGCUGUCUGAGAACGUCACGUCACGAGGUUGGUGGGAGGGGUGGCACCCUGUCCUUGGCUACUGUGUGUUCUCAGGCCCUGUGAGCCAGAGGUGAUUUCUGGCUGCCCAUCCCUUACCCUCUGCGUCCAGCCUGACUGUGAGGGUGGGCCCGAUGCAUUCUCCUGAUUGCAGGGAGCCUUUGGGGCCCCUCUCUUAGCAGCUGAGGUGGAUGUGUGGCAGCGCAGGGAUGGGUAUGGUGCUGGGCUGGGGUCCCAGCAGGGCGUCGGGGUGUGGGCUGCCUUGGCCUUUCCGGGCUGGUGUUCCUGUCACUCACUAAGCUUUCCCCAGUUUUACUUCUCUAGUCCUCCCCUGCUGACAGCCCCCUCCCUUUCACUUCAUUUCAUUUCCCUUACUCUGUGUCAUUGUCUCACCAAUCUCUUUUUCCCCAAAGACCCAGAGCACCUAGAAAUACCUUGGAGCUUCUCCUCUCUACCACUCUGAAGCCCAAGCAGGAAGCUCAGAGCUGUUCCUUUUACUUCCUCCCCAUAUGAAAGAGAUAAAGAAAACCCUUGGGUUAGCACUGAACAAACCCAAGGCCAGUCCUUCAGCCGGCCUCCCAGUGCAUGACAAAAUAUUCUUUUGUCUCAGAGAACUGUCAUGCUUCAAGGUUUAAUGGUGCAUCUCUGCCACCCUCCAUCUUCCCUCCUCUGUAGCCCCCACCAGCUCUGACAGGGUCAGAGCUCUUUAGAGCAUCUUUGCUAGGCGGUUGCCACGGAGACUGGAAAUUGGUCCCAAGGACAGGCUGCGCUACGUACUGGGUGGUGGGGAGGGAAGCUUCUGGCCAUGCUCGGACGUUCAGACCAACCAUCAUUAAAGUUAAUAGAGGAAAUGCAGCAAUGUCAAAGGCAAGGCAGGUUCGUUAAUUAGAUCUGGGGCCUGAUGACCUCCCUUUCCCAGGGCUGCAGCCCUUUUGACUUCCCCCAGCAGGAAGCGCUGCCGGGUGCUGAGUCUGGGCUGCUUGCUUAAUUGAAUUUCUGGAAGGGAAGGAGAACUGGGAUGGAGAACCUCCCGCUCUCCCCUCCUCCUCCGCUUCUCCCUUUCUCUCCCCCAGGCCAAUUUCGUUUCUUCUGAGCUGGGUGGGGGCAGCCAUCUUGGUGGGCUCUCCUGGAGGUGGAAUUCAGGAACCUGUGCUUGGCUCUUAGCAAAGAACAACGGCCCCACGAUGACAACCGGAAGGUGGCUGAUGUUCCCUUGUGCCUUAUUUCCUAAUAGGAACUUGUUGGAAGGGAGGUGCUCUGAAGGCAGCCACUCUGAGUGAGGGUGAGGAAGGAGAAAGCUCAGCCGGCUUCCUGCCCAUCCCUCCCUCCUAAUUUGGCCACACUGGGGACAAAAGUUUCCUUUGUCUCUUACACUGCUUUCCAAAGAUGCAGAAGAACUGUCCGCCCACUCCCUCCUCUUCUUCCUUGCCCAGACUGGCAGACACUUCUCUGGGGACAAGGCCGCAUGGGUUGAUGCAGCUUCAGGUACUCAGGUUCUGUUGUUGGAAGAUGCUGAGGAGAGGGGCUGUCGUGGUGGUGCUCUGAAUAUGGGCUCCAGCCCCCAGGAGCAGGCAGAAUGUGACACGCCCCACAGACUUGCUGGCGGAGGAAGGAGACGUUUGUUAGCUCAACCUCCAGCCGACUUCUUGAACCACAUUUUAUAUUAAAAAAAACUUUCCAUAGAUAAUCAGAGGCCGUUUACUUUUGUAAUAAAUAGCACUUAUUUUGAACGCCA